ACUGUUCUGAUCUUCUUCUGUAUUUCACCUUUUUCCAGCACAUUUCCUUUCUGUGUAGGCUUAGCUUCAGCUCUUCCAUUUUUGUCUCUCCCUAUCUCUAAAGCUAAAUAACUCAAAUCCCACUGUGUUUGUUUUUCUUGGAGAUAACACUCAGAGAAGCUGCGGAUUACUCUUUCGAGAAUACGACCAUGAACGCACUAGCAGCAACAAACAGAAACUUCAAGCUUGCUGCUAGACUUCUCGGUCUCGACUCAAAGCUCGAAAAGAGCUUGCUCAUUCCAUUUAGAGAAAUCAAGGUUGAGUGUACCAUACCCAAAGAUAAUGGCACAUUGGCAUCCUUUGUUGGUUUCAGGGUCCAGCAUGACAAUGCAAGAGGCCCCAUGAAGGGAGGGAUCAGAUAUCACCCAGAGGUUGACCCUGAUGAGGUAAAUGCUUUGGCACAAUUGAUGACGUGGAAGACAGCGGUCGCAAAUAUACCAUACGGUGGAGCGAAGGGCGGGAUAGGAUGUGAUCCUGGAGAAUUAAGUCUAUCGGAGCUGGAACGUCUUACCAGAGUUUUCACUCAAAAGAUACAUGAUCUUGUUGGUGUCCACACUGAUGUUCCAGCACCAGAUAUGGGAACGGGUCCACAGACAAUGGCAUGGAUCCUAGAUGAGUAUUCCAAGUUUCAUGGCUACUCACCAGCGAUCGUAACAGGGAAACCUAUCGAUCUGGGUGGAUCUCUGGGCAGAGAUGCAGCAACAGGGCGAGGCGUGUUGUAUGCAACAGAGGCCUUAUUAAAUGAGUAUGGAAAGAGCAUAUCUGGUCAAAGAUUUGUCAUUCAGGGUUUCGGCAAUGUGGGGUCGUGGGCAGCACGACUGAUCAAUGAAAAUGGAGGAAAGAUCGUAGCAAUAAGCGAUGUGACAGGAGCAAUAAAGAAUGACAAUGGGAUAGAUAUUCCAAGCUUACUAAAAUAUGCAAAAGAACACAAAGGUGUGAAAGGUUUUGAUGGGGGAAAUCCAAUUGAUCCCCAGUCUAUUUUGGUUGAAGACUGUGACAUAUUGAUACCAGCAGCCCUUGGAGGCGUCAUCAACAAGGAAAAUGCCAAUGAAAUCAAAGCUAAGUUCAUAAUAGAAGCAGCCAAUCACCCAGCAGACCCAGAGGCCGAUGAGAUAUUAGCAAGAAAAGGAGUUGUUAUUCUACCAGAUAUUUAUGCAAAUUCAGGGGGAGUUACAGUUAGCUACUUCGAGUGGGUUCAGAACAUCCAAGGUUUCAUGUGGGAGGAAGAGAAGGUAAAUAAUGAGCUGAAGACUUACAUGACGAAGGGCUUCAAAGAUGUGAAGGAGAUGUGCAAGACCCAUAAUUGUGACCUCCGCAUGGGAGCUUUUACACUUGGAGUCAACCGAGUCGCCAGAGCCACUGUGUUGAGGGGUUGGGAAGCCUAAGCAACUGCUUCUCUUAGGUCUGAAUAAAUGGGGAGAUGCUCCACUCCCUCACCUUAGUGCUGCUUCCUUUCCUGCUGUCCUGCAUACAACGACCACUUUUUCAUAGCGUUAGUUACUUUUAUUGGACAAGCAUGCAAGAACUACCAUCUCAGCUCUAAAAAAUGCCAAAUAAAUGGCGUAGUUUUGCUUCCUCCUGAUACCUAUUGAUAGGAGAUUUAAGGAUUGAUUUCGGAUGAGAGGAGUCCUCUCUAGGCUUCAGCCAUUCACUUGGCUUACCAACUUCUUGACAGUAAAAGAAAUGAGAACAGUUUUCAAACAGUACUGUAGAACUA